AUGGAAAAUGGAAAAAGAAGUGGGCAAGAAAGAACAUCCUCAUCAUUGAAUUGUGAUGUCGGAUUGGGUUUCAAACCCACUGAAUCAUCAACAUCACAAUCCUGCAAAAGGCAAAUGGUUUUGCCUCCUUUCAAUUUUCACCUUGCUUCUUCUCAAACUACUGCAACCACUAGCUUCACCGGCGGCGGAGGCGACGGCGGCGGGGCCUUAAGCUACGAGCAUGUUGGUGCAGUUUUGCCAAAGUCUUAUCACAAUGUGCCAUCUGGAGGAGUAAUGCCAAUGUCUGGAAGAGCCCUUUUUACAGCCUCACAGUGGCAAGAACUAGAAAGACAAAAUAUGAUACACGAGUACAUGAUGGACUCUAUCCCUGUUCCUCCUCAACUCCUCCACAAACCCCCAUCUCCUGCUACUCUCUCCCAGUCUAACACGGCAUCUGGUUUAGAUAUGAGGUCUUCUACAAAUGGUUCAGAUCCAGAGCCGUGGAGGUGCAAGAGAACGGAUGGGAAAAAAUGGAGGUGUUCGAGGGAUGUAGCACCCGAUCAUAAAUACUGCGAGCGCCACGCCAGCAAAUACAAACAGCGUUCAAGAAAGCAUGUGGAAGUUCAAUCCCACAACACCACCAACGAUCACAUUCUUCAAUCCCUUCCUCAGCCCCUUCAAAGCUCUAUUUCUCACUUCCCAACUAUGGCCUCUGCUACACCAUAUGAUCAAACCAGGUGCAUUGAGUGGUUCAUGAGAAGUGGCUCUAUCCCUGUCUCUACUUGUAACCAACAAUGGCGGCAAGUGAUGCCCACGUCAUCAAAAUCUGAAUGGAGUAAAGACAACAGAGGGGAUGACAAGACUGUGUCUGUAGUUCGACCAGAACAUGAGGAUAAACAAGGUUUCAUCAGCACGAAUCCGUAUGACCUAGAUGGUGUUAGUGUCCAAAGAUUGGAAAGUCGUCGUCAGCAGAGAAAUGGGCAAUCUCACAACUCAUUUUUCGACCCCAAAUUGAUAUGCUUACAUGGGAGCUUAACUAAUCUACGGCUCCGUUGUGUCUGUUGGCAAUUUAUUGAUGGUCUUGAUGGAAUCAGCAAUAAGUCCUCUACCUCCGCAUUGAACAAGUACUUUUCGCCUUCUCUUACUCUAUCAAUGUCGGGUAUGAAUGGGAUUGAUGAAGAUAGUGAAGGUGCACAUAUGGGAAUUAUAAGGAUGAAUGAAUCAAAUAGAGAUGGACCAAAUGAUGAUGAAAUUUUAAAUGCUGAGUGGCAAAAUCCUGUUUCUUGGAUGAACUCACCACCUGGUGGACCAUUAGGUGAAGCAUUGUGUCUUGGGAGUGCUAAUACUACCAAGGGGGGUUCAAAUUCACCAACCCCUCAUGGACAUGGCUAUAGCAAUAGCAGCAGCAACUGUACUAAAAGCCUAUUGUGA